AUGACACGAUUCUCUCUUAUUCCCGUGGAAAUUCUCCACUCCAUAUUCAGUCUCCUAAACAAAUCCGACCUUUCUCGCCUAUCUCGGACGUGCAAACAAAUCCACCAACAAGCCACCCCGCGUCUCUGGAGAAGCUACUGCAACUACAACCAGCAACCUUACAAUGCAUUCUUGCGAGCUAUAGUCACCAACCCAGGUCGAGCCAAGCAUGUUGAGGAGCUUCACACAUCAAAUGUAUCCGAAGAUGACCCUCGCGAAAUCUCAGAGGACGACAUCCAAUCCUUCCAGUCGGCAGUUUCGAACCUCUUACUUCCUGACGAAUUCAAAGAUCGCCUAAAUGAGGGAAUAAAGGAAGGGUACAGCGAUCCGAUGCUGGCUCUUCUACUCUGCAAGCUACCCAAUCUGAAGAAUCUAUUCCUAUACCGACCUGAUAUCUGCGACCUGAUAUGUGAGCUUUUUGGCCACGCCAAUUCGGGCAAAUUUUCCGGUCUUGACAAGCUCCAACGAUUCUCCAUAGAGACCACUGACGUUUCCUGUGCCGUGGGAACUGUUCGGGACUAUGGAGGCGUUCUUAAUAUGGCGCACGAGGUGCAAAUCGUGCAGUUAAAUGAUGAGACAAUGAGUCCAUCCCGAUUCAAAGAGGGCUCAUCUGCAGUUGAGCAUCUUCACAUCCUCGAGAGUGGUAUGGGAACUGAUGCCAUGCGGGUGUUCGCGCAGAGUUGCAAAACACUCCGCACGUUCAAUUAUACCUUCGGGAAUGUCGAUUACUACGAUGACUAUUUCAAACCGCAGGAGGCCGUGAAAGAGCUCGAGCGUCAUAAAGACACGCUCGAGGAGCUCACGAUGCUGUACGACGAUGACCGGCUAAAGCAGUCCUGGUACGACUUGACGGCCCGCGAAUGGUACAUGGGGACUGAACUGCAACAAUUCACAAGAUUGAAGAAACUGCGGAGUGGUAUGCACAGUCUGCUGGGGCUCUUGCAUCCACAGUCUGCUGCGAUGGAGACAUAUCCCGCAAAUCCUCAGGCUGAUAGAGAAAGGCCAGAGCUAGUGGACGUGCUUCCGGCGUCAAUAGAGCACUUGACCAUAUUGUACGCCGAUGCGCGGAUCAUUCCUCACCUGCAGAAGGUUGGGGUUGCCUGCGAGAAUCGAUUUCCCAAUCUGAGAAAGGUGAUUGUGGGGUUCUGCUCUGAGUCAACGGAGAAGGAUGUUCAAUUCGAAAUCUCAGGACUGGAGUUGUCGGUGCUAUAUCAGACUCCGGAGGAGCGAGAGGCCUACGUCUAUGGCCGAAAGCCAUAUUCGUGGGUUGGGUCUCAGGCCUUCAGGGACUGA